AUGUCUUCAAUUACGUCUUCAAAACGGGCAGCUCGUCUGUCACGACCGCCCUUGCUCCUAAGCAGCCACUCUAUCCAAAAUACCCAGGCUGCAUUUCCACGCUCGGAGCUUGCAGACCGGUACCCUAGUUCGAUUCACUGGGAGCCUCCGCUGUCAUCUGUGGGACAAGGUCGUGUGACUUCUAUCUUUCCCUUGCGGAAGCGUUCAGAGUUUGAGCUUCAGGGCUUGGAAAGCCCCAAUACAACGCUGGUUCGCAAUCCUAAGCAUUCCUCCUACCAAGCAACCCUCAAGGAGUCAAGAAAGGCUCCAAAGCUCGAUUUCUCUGAAUAUGCAAUGAUCUCUUCCUCUCGAUCUUACCUCACCCUAAAGGAUGAUCUUGUUCAACCCUUAGAUGGCAAUGAUGCGGCUAUCAAAAAGUCGUAUGAUGCCACCACGAUUGCUAGCGACAUUUUGAUUGCAGCAAAUCAGCACCCAACCAAAUGGGGAUUGAAUCACCACCUAAUGGUUUUGUGCAAGAACUUCGCCGUGGUGAACUUCUCUUCGGACUUGGCAACCUUUCGUUGGGACAUCAUUGACCCCAAACCUCCCAAACCGUCAACUUCGACCAUUGCGACCAGUACUUUUCUCCAUGGCUCGGAGACUUCAAUGGGAGAACUCUCUAGCUCCAGACUGCAGUAUUCGUCUGCGAGUAGGUUACUUGAACCCACGAGUCAUCAGUCCUCUCGCUCAUCCACUCCUUGUCCGGUUGAAAAACCAGUGUCAUGGACACCAACCGGUCCGAAUCGAGUCACGAAACUAUCAAGUGGCCGGAUUGCUCCCAGAAACCCGAAAGAUAAUCCCAAAAAAAUCUCAACGCAGGAGUCUUUACCCCAAUUCUCGCCAUAUUUCAAGCCAAGUCCCCGGCCACAAGUCGUCAUUCCGGCAUCGACAGAUCACAUGUCCCCAAAAGAAAACCCACGCCUCCCAGCAAUGGUUGAGAGGACACCCAAGCCACAGGUAAUUGAAAAGCCAGAUCGCAAAUCCCCAAGGAAAAAUACCUACCGUGCAGCAGUCGCCGAAGUCACACGCAAGCCACUGGCAAUCAAAGAACCAGCUGUGCCCUUCUGCCACCCGUUCCAAUGCCAAUGGUUCAAAUGUCAGAAGAUACUACUUAGCCGACAGUCUUUGCAAGGACAUGUCAUGAAUGAGCAUAUUUUGACUAGCCUGGCUUGUCAAUGGAGCCUUUGUGACUGUAAGCUCCCUUUGGCGGCUAUACCCUUAUGGCAUCAUGUGCUGGAUCACCAUCUUAAAACACUCCCGGAAAAAAAAGAGAAUGAGAUCGACGCCUCUAUUCAAUCUUCCAUCGCUGAUGUUGAAUUUGAAGAUUCGUGA